AUGGUCGAGGAGAUGACCGACGCGCUGAACGACCUGUGGGGCUGCCCGCCCGUGGCGCGCCGUCAAGCGCCCGCUGGCAUGCCGGUGCCUGCCGCUGGCCACGCCCUCGUCCUCUCGGAGCUCCGACAAGCCGCUGUGAGGUUUGGCCCGUGCCCAGAGGGCUUGGACGGUCCAGGAGCCCUCGAGGAGCUCCGGAUAUCUCAAUCGUACGAGGGUGACGCCACGUUGGUUGCCCCGGUGAGUUUCGACCUCGUCGACUCCAUCUCCCUGCCUCCUGCCGGCAGCCAGCCCGCCGCCCUGGAGGCUAUCGACGAGAUGGCAGGCCAGAACAUCGCUCGCCGGCUGAAAGAGUUACUCCUGCCCCAACAGCUGGGGAUGGAGCGCAUCAAGGAAGUGGGUCCGAGACGGCUCUACACGGACCCUGCCCUUCGCAACCCGCGCCUCUAUAAAAUGGUGGUGCGGCGGCUUAUGAGCGCCGGGCUGGUGGACUUCAGCAGCUCGGCGGAGUGUUACGUUGGCAUGUUUUUCGUACGCAAGAAGAACGGGUCGCUGCGGAUGAUCCUCGACGGGAGGCACGCUUCGCUUAGGUUUGCGCCCGCAGACCCCGUGGAGCUGGCGACGGGCUCGGCGUUCGCCCAGAUCUCGGUCGACGGCGACGAGCCCAUCAGCAUCGGGGGGGUCGACAUCUGCGACGCGUUCUACCAGAUCGAGCUCCCACAGUGGCUGCGCCGCUACUUCGGGCUGCCCAAGGUGAGGGCUGGCGACCUCGGGCUGGUGAACCUGUCCGACGGCACGCCCGUGAGACCCUCGGCCUGGGUGGUACCGUGCUUUCGGUGCCCGCCGAUGGGCUGGAGCAUCAGCCUAUGGAUAUGCCAGAGCCUGAACGAGGCGGUGACCGCCCGAGCACUUCCUGGCCAUUUUGGCCGUCGACUUGUGGACCGUCGGCCCGCGCCUGACCUGCAGCAGGGAAUGGCGCACACGGUCUACGUCGACAACUUCAUCGCCCUGUCCCACAGGCUGCGCGAGGUGCGUGAUGCAGCUACUGCAGUACAGGGGGAGCUGACUGCCUCAGACCUUCCCUCGCACCCCGUGGAGGCAUCAGUCGGCGGGGACACGCUGGGCUGGCACUUUGACGAGGACAAGCCCGUGAUCGGCCUCAGCGUUCGGCUUCGCUGGCGGCUCCGCCUCGGCAUCGGCGAGCUGCUGGAGCAAGGCUGGUGCAGCGGUCACACCAUGAUGAAGGUGAUAUCGCACUUCACUUCGAGGGCGCUAAUUCGUCGAGAGCUGCUGAGCUGCCUAGGGGCCGUGUACGGCCUCAUGGGCGACGGCGGCCGCGAGAGGCGGCGGCUGACGCCGGCAGUAAGACGGGAACUGGCUUGGUGCCGCGCACUGCUGCCUUUGUGUUUUCGAGACGCCGGGCGGCCCUUGUCGCCUGUCGUGUCCUGUGUGGACGCCUCGUGGUGGGGCGCUGGUGUGACAGAGAAGACCAUCACCUCAGACCAAGCUCGUCGCUUGUCUAUCUUCAACGAACGAUGGAGGUUCAGUCGGGAUGGCGAGCAACAGGUUGCCCCUCGCGACAAGGCCUUAGCCUCGGAGAGCAAGCAAGCUCAGCGUAUCACCUCGUCAUGCUUCAAGCAAGCCUCGUCGGAGCCCUACCGCGAUCCAGCAGUCAUAGCAGCAGCCAUGGAGCAGCAGGUCCCGUUCCGAGUCGAGCCGAAGCCGAAUCAGGGGGAUGAAAUCACGUUCGAGGAGGUGCCCGAGGAGGCCGUGCGGAUCAAGACAUCGAAGCUCGACGCGUCCUGCCCGCCCGCCCAGGCGCUGGGCCUCGGGGAGGAUGACGGCGGCAAUGCUGGCGUCGGUCCUCGGCGACAGGGCGGCCCCUGCCGCGCCGGCGAUGCGGGCUCGCAGGAGGCCGACUGCGGCUGCGGGUGCUGUGGGCGCUCGCCAGCUGCAGGGCAGGGCUUGACCCUCCUGGAGGAGUUCUUGGACGGGGGCAAGAGCAGCGCCGUGUGGAUGCUGAUGGCGGCUUUUGCCUUCGUGCGUCCGACCCUCGGGCGGCGGCAGUGGCGCCAGCUGUGGGCGGCACGGGCUGCCAAGACCUGGUCAUGCCUGGCGCCGCCGCGGCCGCGGCUGACGCUCUCACGGCCUGUGGUGUGCCUCAUCGUGGUGACGUUGUGCUGCGGGGGCCUGGAGGAGUACGCUUGGCCCGCCGCGCCCACGGUCGACCUGUGCCCGAGGCCGCGCGAGGCGCUGGAUUUCGUGCAGUCGCAGCUCAUCCCGCCAAGGCUCACCGCUGCCGCGGCGCUACACCAGUGGUGCAUGGUCCUCCAGCCGUCCGACAUGCAGACCCCAUCCAUGACAGACGUGCUCGACGAGACCCUGCGGGCGGGCCUCACCCGCUCCCCGAGGGUGCCACGACCCGAGCAGGAGCCGCACCACCGGACGCCCGGUGGCCACCGCCCUUUGCCGGUGGCCCAGGCGCAGUGGAGCGGCCACGUCAAGGCCGUCUUGGCCGGGCUCGGCCUGCAGGUCUGGAGCUACCUGAUGCACGGGCACAAUGGCGCAAGCCACGAGCUGUUCGCGGCGGCGCGGCCUCUGCGGGACAUCCACAUGCGCGCCAGGUGGCCGACCGACGCCGCGCUUCAAUGCUACGCCGAGGGGAGGCAGGUGCAGGAGCAUCUUCGCGGGCUGCCGCGCGCCCUGCCGCUAAGUGCCGAGCAGGUCUUCAGCGGCUCUGGGCGGAUGGCGGCAGCGUGGCGCCUGCGUUUCCAUUCGCAGCAUGCCGCUUUCGAGCUGGACAUCCGCCACGACGCCGACAGCGACCUCCUCCUCAGGCGGAUCAGGCAGCAGGUUCGGGGCUGGGUGCGGAGUCGGCUCAUCGUCGCGAUCUGGAUUGCGACGCCCUGCCAGUCCCUGAGCCGCGCCCGCAACCGCCCCAACGGGCCACCACCCUUGCGGACGGCUUUGUUUCCGCUGGGGCUGCCAGGCCUGUCGCCAGGAGAUCAGCUCAAGGUCCUCGAGGGCAAAGAUGCCUCAGGCAGUUUCUGGACGCACAUCGCAGAACCGUACCCAAAAUAUUUUUGCAGGCUGGUAGCUAAGUGUUUCCAACAGGCUCUGCGAAACCAUUCGUUUCUGAGCCUGGACAGGUUUGUGGAGGCCUAA